AGCUCAAACCGGUCCGAGUUGGAGUAUUCGAGCCCUGGAUCGGAGCAUUAGAUAGCGGAUCGUAAAUUUGUCUAGUAGUGGCUGGACAUGUAUAUGCAAAGAUAGGAUUAAAAACACUCCAAAAUCUGAUCUGAGAAACGCGUAUCGUGACAUCGUGCAUCUGGGGAGCAGAGAUCAGCGCACGUGAGUCCUUCCAUGCAGUCGUGGCUGGGAUAAAAUGGAUGACAGGAAUGAUGGAGUGCGAUUUGGAGAGAACAAAUUCAUCAGCAAGAGCAGCGUUCUCUCUCAUUUAAAGACCUACAAUCUCUACUAUGAAGGAAAGACCCUGCAGCUACGACACAGAGAGGAAGAGGGGGAGUUGAUCAUAGAAGGACUUCUCAAUAUCUCAUGGGGUUUGCGUCGACCAAUCAGACUUCAGAUGCAGGAUGACCAUGAGCGAAUCAGACCACCUCCCUCCUCUACCUCCUGGCACUCGGGCUGCAACCUAGACAACCAGAGCCAGGAGGGUCAGACACAGUCUCCACCUCAGGUGGAGGUCACGCUCCCUGAGGACCAAUCAAACAACGGCACAACACAAGACCAUGACGAAGAAGAAGAGGGGUGUGACGUCUCCUCUCAGCUUCUUAGAACCAAAAGUGAUGCUGGUGUACUGAGACGGUGCACGAGGCGGUCUCCUAGUGACCAACGACGAAUCAGAAGGCACAGAUUUUCCAUCAAUGGUCACUUCUACAACCAUAAGACAGCUGUGUUCACACCUGCGUAUGGAUCUGUAACGAAUGUCAGGAUAAACAGCUGUAUGACCACGCCACAGGUGCUGCGAGUCUUACUGAACAAGUUUAAGAUUGAGAACAGCCCAGAUGACUUCGCCCUCUACCUCGUUCAUACCAGCGGAGAGCUUGUUCAGUUGAAGCGUACAGACUACCCGCUAGUGGUGAGAAUACUUCAGGGACCAUGCGAGCAGGUCUGCAAGAUAUUUCUCAUGGAGCAAGACCUGGGAGAGGAGAUCCCCUAUGAAGUGGCGCAAUACAUCAAAUUUGAGAUGCCUGUCCUGCAGAGCUUUAUUACCAAACUGAAGGAAGAAGAGGACAGGGAGGUCCAGAAGUUGAGAAGCAGAUACAAAUACCUGCGAUGUAUUAUUGAGAAACAGCUGCAGUGUUUACCAGAAGGUUCCACCUGUAUGUGAACUUCACAUCCCCACAUCUUUCAGCACUCAUUCUCUGUAUCUCAGAGCAUGUGUACCCUCUUAGUGUUAAUGAAAGGGCUUCUAGACAGUUUCAUUAGCACGUUACAUCCUAAAUAGUAAGCAGUCUAAGCCACUAAUAUGCAUUGAUAUUUGCUCAGAUUAUGGCAUUUUGCUGACCAAUGAAAAUGGAUGGUACAGCCUGUUAUAUAACAAUUCUUUGUAUAUUUGUUCUCUAUAUUCUUUGCAUGAUUUUGUGCUAUAGCAAAUCACAUACAGGUACAGUAAAAUAAAAGCACAGUCCAAAAAGCCAGGGAAUUUCUAUAUGCGGUAAUGACUGUAAAUGGAGAUUUUAACGACAAGCACAAAGUAACUGUGACAAGUGCUGACUAUUGACGUAUAUUUGGUUUGUUAAAGGCCUUUUUUUUAUUAUUUAAUUUUUUAGAAAAUCUCUAUUGAGUCAUACUAGAUUGAUCAUAUUAUAUGUUGGAUGUAUUCAGAGGAUUCAGCGGUCUGACCACAACAGCUGCCUAAACAGGAAAGCAAUGUAUAAAUGUGACCAGAGUCUCAUUUAGAGAGUGAUUAUAAAAUCUUUUUGAAGUGUCUGUUUUAAAAAUAGAUGUAAAUGAUGGAAGUAAAAGACUGUGAAUUUAAAGGGUGAUUGAGAAUAGAAUGAUCAACAAAGAGAUUGUAGAAUGUUGUUUGGAUGUUUGUGUGUGUGUGAUGUAGUGUGAUUAGUAUGUAUGUUUGGGUACAUGAAUAGGACGCUUCUAGUUGCUGAUAAUGGGGGUUCAUAUUUUUUUUUUUUUUACAUUUUGACAA